AAGCUAAUGCGAGGCAUGGCAGCCUCAGCAGGAAAGGCGCCACCAAUCGAUAAAGAGGAUCUCCGCAAACCAGGAAAGCUGGGGAAUGGACCCAACCGUAGGGCAGCACAGGCUGAAUAUGAGAGACUGAGCCGAAUUGCGCUGGAGAACAUGCCAGAGCAAGGUGAGGAAGCAGUUGCCACAUCACCGCUGGCUAUUACGGAAGGUACCGACAGCGACAACGGCGUGCACCUGCCACAGUCACACAACGACCAACGGCACCAGCAACAACGACAGCACACUCACCAACAUACGAAGCACACAGGCGCACUCGCGGUGUCAAACGGUCACCAUAAACACGAUCCGAAUGGGAGAGUGCCGGAGUUACGGAGCUCAGCGAACCACGAGAACUAUCCUGUGCGAGGGACGGGUAGAGGUGAGCCAGCGGGCAAUACAAAUAGUAGGCAGAACAACGGCAAUAGCAAUAGUAACACGUACGCCAGUGGUAGCAGCAAGCAGAUGAACAAUAUAGUGGGUGCUAAUAACGAGAGAGUAAACGAGAAUGCGAAGGCUACGCAUAGCGGAGAGAAUGCGGUGGUGCAAGUAAGCGCCCCCGACGGUGGUCAUUCCGCACCCGGACCGCAUAACGGGAUCGGUCCGAACUCAAUGUCUAGGGGUGCUGCGGCGAAUGGAUCAACAAAUAGUACACAUAUGGGCACUGUUACAACCGGCAGUGGCAACAACAACACGGCCACGGGGAAUCAACACACGGUCACACGCCCCCAAGGUAGUACACACGCUACAGCUCAGUGGAACGCCGCCUUGAGUACGACUGGCGGUAAUGGUGUGAACAAUAACGCAAAUACAGGCGGGGGUAUACGCGCACGCACCUAUCCGUCUGGGAAUGCUUCGCCGAGUGUAGGUAGUGCGAAUGCAGGGAUGGCUGCGAAUGCUAGUCCGGGUAUGAGGCCGGUCAAUGGUGCACAGGCUGCAGGGGUGGAGGGUGGGGAUUCCAGGGGUGUGGGUGUGGGUGUGGGUGUAGCAAGUGCGACGCAUAACAGCAGCGGCAAUAGCAUGGCUAGUAUGGCCGUGAAUGGACACGCCAGACCGAACAACACACACAGUAGCACGCGCGGACAAGCGCAGAAAACAGCCACGUCCGCCAACCGACCAGUGACCGUCGGUUCGCACAGCACGGGCAUACCACAUACGCACUCUGCAACUGCACAACCUCGGAAGGCAGGCGUUAGUACUACCGCUGCACCGUAUAUCAGUGGGGGCAAUGGGAGUGGUACUGUGCAUGACACGCAUAGAGCAGCUAUCGCAGGCAUCGACGCCGGUAUGGACAAUGCCAGCACACACGCGAAGGGGUCUCCGACUGUGCUAAGUAGGCCCUCGGCCACCGGUGCGCCUGACAACACCCACACGGUGAUAAGUACAGCUGCCAGCCAGUACGCGAAUGCGAAUGCGGGCAUAGGCACAUCUGCAGGCGCGAAUACGGCCACAGAUACAAGCACGGGUGCGGGUGCCCCAGGGUCUGUUACUAUGAAUAUACACGCUGAACUGCCUGUGCCGAAGAAGCUCCCUGGCAUGGACAUGUCGGUGCCUGGAGGUAAAGGAUAUAGGGCGAAUCAGAACGCGGUGUACAAUGCGAAGAAUGGGAAGAAGCCAGGGACAAGCGGAGGGGGCUCAAAUAGUCAGAAGCGGACAAUAAGCGGACAGAACGGCA